AUGGUAUUAACAAUCACUAACUGGUGGUCUGGUUAUAUCCCAAAGCGAAUUAUAAUUAUCUUUCUAUGUAUUUCUGCUAUUAUUAUUAGUUAUGCUGAUCGUUCAAAUAUGGCAAUUGCCAUAGUUUAUAUGACUAAGGAAUUCAAUUGGAGUCAUAGUACACAAGGUUACAUAUCAUCAUCAUUUUAUUUUGGAUAUAUAACAACUCAGAUUAUAGGAGGUGUGCUUACUGAUAAAUUUGGUGGUAGGAGAGUAUUAGCCAUAUCUGCCGUAACUUGGACACUCUUUACUUUACUUACUCCAAUUGCUGCUAGAAUAAACAUAUACUGUCUUAUAUUAUGCAGGAUUUGUUUAGGAAUUGGUGAAGGUCCAACUUAUCCAUGCGUCCAUUCUUUAAUUUCAAAAUGGUUUCCACCUGAAGAACGAACUAGAGUUGUUUCGGCAGUAACUGUUUCAACUUUUAUCGGUAUGGCAAUCGCCAUGCCAAUUUCAAAUUUAUUAGGUUCAAGUCAGUUUGGCUGGGAAAGUAUCUUUUGGGUAUUUGCAAUUGUUGGUUCCUUUUGGUCUGUUAUUUGGUAUCUUUAUGGAAAAAGUGAUCCUAGAGAUUAUUCAGGAAUCAGCAAAGAUGAAUUAGAUUGGAUUUUAAAAAAUAAAUCGCCUAUUAGUUCUGAAAAUAAUUUCGAAAAUUAUCAGAUUAUUAUUGACAAUAAUCAAAGAAUUCCUGCAAACGAAAAUGAUAUGUUACUACCAAAGAAUCAAAUAUCAUCAGGGUCAUUUUAUGUACAUAAAGUUCCUUGGAAAUUAAUAUUUUCUCGUCGUGAAGUGUGGGCAAUUUUGCUUUGUCAAUCUUUUAGCGGUUAUAUCUGUGAUUAUGCAAUUAAUAAAUUAAAAAUUCGUGUUAUAAUUGUACGAAAAUCUUCCAAUAUAAUUGGAACCCUUGGAAUUACAACAUCUCUAUUAUUGAUACCUUAUUUGGCAGAAACUUCUGUUGAAGGAUUAUUUAUGAUAACAGCUGGAUUUGCAUUAUAUUCAUUCCAAGCCGCGAGUUUUUUGCUUGAUAUUGCACCAAAUUAUGCGGGCGUAUUAUGUGGCUUAGGAAUUACUUGUGGGAUGGUUCCAGCAUUUUUUGGUAUAGCAUUAACAGGUUGGAUAUUAGAAGUUACCGAUAAUGAUUGGAAUAUUAUUUGGCGUGUAUGUUCUUUGUUUAAUUUUAUUGGAUCUGCAUUUUAUUUAUUAUUGGCUGGUAGUGAAGUAGUAAUUUAUUGA